CCGGAGGAGCGGUGCAGUACUGCGCCGAGAUGGUGCGGAAACGUGACUAUGAAGGGUUUCUGUGUUCUCUGCUGUUGCCUGCGGAAUCUCGAACCUCUGCUUUUGCCUUGAGAGCCUUCAAUGUGGAACUGGCUCAGAUCAAAGACUCCAUAACUCAGAAGACUACAGGUUUGAUGCGGAUGCAGUUCUGGAGGGAGGCUGUGGAGGGCAUAUAUGGUGAUAACCCCCCACAUCAGCCUGUUGCUACAGAACUGUGGAAGGCUGUCAAGAGGCAUAACUUGACUAAAAUGUGGUUCAUGAAGAUCAUAGAUGAAAGAGAGAAGAAUUUGGAUGAUAGGGCGUACCGUAACAUCCAGGAGCUCGAAACAUAUGCUGAGAACACUCAGAGUGCUCUCUUGUACCUCACCCUGGAAACACUGGGUGUGAGGGACAUCCAUGCUGACCAUGCAGCCAGUCACAUUGGGAAAGCACAAGGCAUAGUUACCUGUUUAAGGGCAACCCCAUAUCAUUGUACAAGACGAAAGGUCUUUCUCCCCAUGGACAUUUGUAUGUUGCAUGGAGUUUCACAAGAGGAUUUCAUAAGAGGCAAGCAAGAGAAAAAUGUGAGAGAUGUAAUAUAUGACAUCGCCAGCCAGGCCCAUAUUCAUCUAGAACAUGCUAGAUCUUUCAGUAAGAAAGUUCCUGUGAAGGCGUAUCCUGCUUUUUUCUGUACGGUGGGUGUGAUAUAUGCACUCUUUAAGUGAUGGGCUUAUUACUGUGCUGAUACAUUUGUGAAGAGUAUCAAAUUAAGCAUGGUUAACUGCUACUUCACAUGUCUAUUUUGGGAGGAUGUAGUACCUAAAACUCAUAGAAAUCAUAAUGUGUGCCUGACUGUAGAAUCUUACGGUUUUGAAGAACACUUCUGAUCCUUCUCUUUUAACUACAUUAUUCCAUCCAAGAUGUCUGUUUAUUCAUAGAUUACUGUUCUGAUGCAAGAGCCCCAAAUCCUGUCUAUUUUCAUAAUUUGGUGUUUGGUCUACUAUAAGAUAACACUUCACAAAACUUGACUCUUUUACAUACUUGGAAUGGGAUGAUUACACUACCAUUUAAUAGCACAGGCAAACUGUCAAGCCUUUUUUUCAGUUUCUAAUUCAGUUUCUCAUAUUGCUUUUUAAAUUUAAUGCCUAAUUACUUGGUGCACAGUGUGUAUUAAGCUUUUUUAUUCUUUUCUAGGUUGCUUUAGAUGAUUAUUUAUAUAACUUGCGAAAAGUGGACUUCAAUAUAUUUCAUCCAAGCUUA